CGCAAGAUGCGGCUCCGGCGGCGCAAGGACUCUGCCCAGGACGACCAGGCCAAGCAGGUGCUGAAGGGGAUGUCAGACGUGGCCCAGGAGAAGAACAAGAAGAUAGAGGAGAGCGGGGAGGCGAAGGCGCCGGACCUGAAGACGCGCCGCUGGGACCAGGGCCUGGAGAAGCCGCAGCUGGACUACUCCGAGUUCUUCAGCGAGGACGUGGGGCAGCUGCCCGGCCUCUGCGUCUGGCAGAUCGAGAACUUCGUGCCCACGCUGGUGGAUGAGGCUUUCCACGGCAAGUUCUACGAGGCCGACUGCUACAUCGUGCUCAAGACCUUCCUCGACGAGAACGGCUCCCUCAACUGGGAGAUCUACUACUGGAUCGGGCAGGAGGCCACGCUGGACAAGAAGGCCUGCUCCGCCAUCCACGCUGUCAACCUCCGCAACUACCUGGGGGCCGAGUGCCGCAGCAUCCGCGAGGAGAUGGGGGACGAGAGCGACGAGUUCCUCCAGGUCUUCGACAACGACAUCUCCUACAUCGAGGGUGGCACGGCCAGUGGCUUCUUCACCGUCGAGGACACGCAGUAUGUCACCAGGCUGUACCGUGUCUACGGGAAGAAGAACGUCAAGCUGGAGCCAGUCGCACUGAAAGGGACAUCGCUGGACCCCAGGUUUGUCUUCCUCCUGGACCACGGCCUCAACCUCUUGGUGUGGCGCGGGAGCCAGGCCACGCUGAGCAGCACCACCAAGGCCAGGCUCUUCGCCGAGAAGAUCAACAAGAACGAGCGGAAGGGCAAGGCGGAGAUCACGCUGCUCACCCAGGGCCAGGAGACCCCCGACUUCUGGGAGGCGCUGGGGGGGCAGCCCGAGGAGAUCCGGCCCUGCGUCCCCGAUGACUUCCAGCCCCACAAGCCCAAGCUGUACAAGGUUGGCCUGGGUCUGGGCUACCUGGAGCUGCCUCAGAUCAACUACAAGCUCUCGGUGGAGCACAAGAAGAGGCUGAAGGCUGAUCUCAUGCCAGAGAUGCGCCUGCUGCAGAGCCUGCUGGACACCAAGAGCGUGUACAUCCUGGACUGCUGGUCCGACGUCUUCAUCUGGAUCGGGAGGAAGUCGCCGCGGCUGGUGCGGGCGGCGGCACUGAAGCUGAGCCAGGAGCUGUGCGGCAUGCUGCACCGGCCCAAGCACGCCAUGGUCACCAGGAACCUGGAGGGCACCGAGUGCCAGGUCUUCAAGUCCAAGUUCAAGAACUGGGACGACGUCCUGCGCGUGGAUUACACCCGCAACGCCGAGACGGUGCUGCAGGAGGGCGGCCUCAGCGGCAAGGUCCGCAAGGACGCCGAGAAGAAGGACCAGAUGAAGGCCGACCUCACGGCGCUCUUCCUGCCCCGCCAGCCCCCCAUGCCCCUGAGCGAGGCGGAGCAGCUGAUGGAGGAGUGGAACGAGGACCUGGAUGGCAUGGAGGGCUUCGUGCUGGAGGGCAAGAAAUUCGCUCGCCUGCCCGAGGAGGAGUUUGGCCACUUCCACACCCACGACUGCUACGUCUUCCUCUGCAGGUACUGGGUGCCAGUGGAGUACGAGGAGGAGGAAGAGAAGAAGAAAAAGGGUGAAGGCAAAGGGGAGGAGGAGGGUGAGGAAGAAGAGGAGGAGAAGCAGCCUGAGGAAGACUUCCAGUGCAUCGUCUACUUCUGGCAGGGCCGGGAGGCCUCCAACAUGGGCUGGCUCACCUUCACCUUCAGCCUCCAGAAGAAGUUCGAGAGUCUUUUCCCCGGCAAGCUGGAGGUGACACAGGGGGUGACACAGCGGGGGGGUCCCCCAGCUUUGCCUCACUUCGCCCCCACCCCCUCUCUGCCCCCCCAGGCUAAAGGCAGGGGCUAG